UUAUAGAUUAGGUGGGGUUGCCUCGACUUCACGUCCACAGGAACACAUGGAGUAUUAUGGUUUGGCGGAUAAGGGAUCGAAUGUCGCACGCCCGCCACGAAACCGGGGCACAACCAACGCCAGCUCGCUCGUUCUCAUGAAGCCACUCAUCGUCGUCCAGCGCCGCCCAGCGCAUGCUUAGCUAUCAUUGCAAGCUCUCUACUCGGCCCCACUCCUCUCCCGGAGGAGGAUCUCUCGAUUCCCUCCCACGUCGGCUUCCCUUCUUUCCUCCCCCCCCACCGUCUUUACCGUCUCGGAAAGAGACCGCCAUCACACCGCCUUAUUCCUUACACACUCUUCUUUGCCUCCUCCAUAAAGCGUGCGCUUCUUCCUCCGUCUCCUUCGCUGCAGAAGGAGCACGACCGGGAGGAGGGUUUUCGGAGCGAUGGAUCCGAUCCGCUGCCCGGAGAAUUCCUUCGCCUACGACUCCACGCUGUGCGCGUGCAACCCCGGGUACUACAGGGACCGGAGCGGCGGCUGCAGGUUGUUCGAGGCGGGAGACGGCGACUGGACGGUGGGGACCAGGGCGGGACCGGCCGGGCGGCCCUUCCUCGACACGGUGCUGCCGCUGGAGUCGCUGGAGCGGAUGGUGCGGUCUGAGGACGCGCUGCUGAGGGCGGUGCUGGUGGUGACGCUCGUCUGGCUGGCCUUCUGCGUCGCGGUCCGGCUCGGGAGAAUCGACGGCGGGCGGGCCGUGUGGUUUCGGAUUAGGUGGUCGGUUGCUCAGCUGGACUUGUUCGCCACCAACCAUGACCGGGAAGGGAUCGGAGGCUCCGCCUCAUCCUCGUCGUCGUGCCACGCGCGAUCCGGGCUAUCAUUCGACUCCGUCGAGUAUGGACUUGCUCCGGCGCGCGGUGGUGGAUCUGCGUCCGCCCACACGGCGCGGGAUGAUAACAAGGUUGUGAGAAAGAGAAAAUCUGAGCUGGGUGGGACAUUGUCUGUAGUGAGCUGGAUUUUGUUCAUCGGUCUUUUAUCUGCGUUGCUUUAUCAACUUAUCGCAAGAAGAAGCAUUGAGGUUCACAGAGUCAGACCAAGCAAUGCUACGGAUCUGAAAUCAUUCAUCAGUUUUGAAUUUAAUAUAACUACGGUUUCUAGCAUGAGUUGUUCACAUAUGCGAGGCCUCGAUAAAUUGGUGAUUGGGACUCCAGGUUUUAUCGACUGCAAAGUUUUCCCUUUAUCAAAUUAUGCAAACUAUUCUUGUUACAACACAACCUGGGGACCCACUGUAUCGCUAAAAUGCAACAAUUGUCAGAUUCCAACUGGUGACCACUAUAUUUCAUGGCAGUUUGUUGACCUUCCUGAUGAUCCUGCAGCUGCUGUUGGUUUUCAGUUCAAUCUUUCAGCCAAAGCCCAUAAUGAUAACAGACAUGUGAGCUAUGUCAGUGGCACACUAAAUUCAGGGAGCUAUUUGCACAAUAGGGCAGUAACUUUUCGAGGGCCAGACCUCAAUAUCAUGAAGAUUCAUUUGUUCCCUCAGAAAUUUGACUAUCUAAAAGAUAAUCUGUGGUUGAUUCAGCCUUUGGUUCAUGAUUUUCUUCCUGGUUCAUUUUUUUAUGAGAUUGACAAGCUUCGAGCCUCUCUUCGAAGUUCCAAAGAUGGACUAGUAAAUACUACAUUAUGCAUCAGCUAUCUCUCCGAUUACAUUGUGGAGAUUGACAAAGAAAACAUAUUAGGGAUUGUGGCUUUUCUUUCGGAUGUUGGUGGCCUUUGUACCAUUACCCUUGCAAUUUCUUUGUAUUUUUUACAUCAGUGUGAAUCCAGAAUCAAGAAGCUGCAGAUGGAUGAUACUGAGAUGCGGGAUAUUAGAAGACGCAGGCGUGCUCAGCAGCACUGGGAUAAGUUGAGGAUAUAUGUCAGGUACACAUGGGGACAUAGUAACUUGAAUAUGAGAAGCAGAACAAAGCCAGUUAGAAAUUCCAUCAUAGGUAUGUUAUCUGGAAUUGGAUCUCUCCAUAUAAGGAAGCAAAUAUGUAGGAUGGAUUCUACAUGUCCACAGAAGACAUAUAAAAGCUCUAAUCAGAUGAAUGUUUUUCCAGAGUCUAUCCUGAUCGGAAGCACAAGUCAAGAUUAGCAGGCAGUUUAAGAAAUUUUGUUUAAACAUUUCCAUGUUCAACUGAUGAGCCUGUUAAGUAUGAAUUUCAUUAUGUUGAUGUGGAAGUUGAUCUUUGACUUCUUUAAAGCAUUCUUGAUUAGUUAGGCUCUGUUCCAAGUGUCUUGCAGAUUGUUUGUUUAUUUUGAGGUCUUUUAGCAUUCUUUAGUUUGAGGUUUUUAUCUUUGUUUGUUGCAGCCUUUAAGGCAGGUCAAACUAAAACCAUACAAAUCCAGUAGCAUGACGAAUUUCAUGUUUUGUUUUGUGGUUUCUAUCAAAAGACCUAGACUAACAAUCAUUAAUUACAUCGGAGGAUUCCUUGAAAAGUCUUGUUUAAUAUGAUAUCCUGUUGUUUCUGGUUGAUACUGUUGAUGGUAAUACAUUCAUGAAAGAUGUUAUCUUAUUGCUUGGUAUUUUAGUUUCAUCACCUUUGACUUGCAAUUACGUUAUUAGUUUUUCUUAGGUGUAAAGUCUCUUCUUGUCGUGUUGUUUGCAUAGGACCCUAAAGUAUAGUCUCACAUCAGAAGUCGAUAAUGAUUUGAAUUGGCUUGUAAGAGCUCGAUGGACGUACUACUAUUAACCUGGAUUUAGACAUUUUGAGUUAGUGAUUCAUGCCUAUCAAGUUAGUAGAUUAGUUAUCUUAUCGAACCAGAUCAUGACAGGCUGACUAUGAGAGUCCAGUGUCUGGCUUUUGCCCGUUGCUUUCCAGGUGAUCAACUCAAGCUUUUAGAGGUGCUUUUGGUGCCUUGUGAUUCAACUCAGUUUCUCUUCAGGUGAACUCCCAAGUUAGAGAUGGUUUAUGGACUUGAUUGUGUUGUCAGUGUUGAUGUCAUUGGUUGUGAGGUUGUGAAGAGUGAUCAGCCUGCCAUUGCUUCUCUAACAAUCACUUAGGGCCCCUUGGGUUCAUCUCUGGAAGACUUAGCCAGAUGGAUUGGUUCAAGUUGUGUGGAAGCUUAAUCCUCCUUAGUGAUCUGGAUAUAGGAAUUGAGGUUUCGGUGGGGUGUGUUCAUUAGAGUUAGCAAUCUGAUCCGGUCCCUUGUCCUUGGACCUACAAAAGAUAGAAUCUUGACCAUAUAUUGCUGACUUGCUAUCCUGAUCAUUGUGGCUGUCAACAGGCAGGACAUGUGGUUUCAGUUGUUGGUUAUAUUUCUAAUCUUGUGGUCCUUGCCCCAAAUGCAAUAUUUUUGGGUAACCUUAAUGAAUCAUGAUAGGUCCAAGACAACAAACUUAUCAUAUCCAUGGAAACUUUGAAUGAAGUGCUUAAUAUGAUUAUCAUGACCUCAUUUUUAUGAUUUUUGUUGCUUAAAAAAAUAUGCUUAGAAUGAUUCUUGAGCAAUACCUGCUAUUUGUAGUGAUUCACUAGCUGCUAAAUAACAUCAGUAUGUAUUCUUUUGGAAUUUAAAGUAAUGUAUAUAGUGACUGGUAGUUACUAUGCACUGUAAUCCAUUUCUUAAAUACUGCAGCAGCCAUUGGCAUGUUGUGGCAGUCAAUGUCUUCAUCAGAGUGAUAUUCUCAAAUUUGUUGUUCGCCUAAGAACCACAGCACUCUUACAUCAUCGAAUUAUGGUGUCAUUGCUCAACGAAAGCCUCAAAGAGAGAAAAGAAAAAAGAGGCUGUCUAGUUGACAUGAACAUAUCUUACUGUUCUGUUCUGAUGAGAAUAUUCCCUCAUUCUUUGAAGAUCAAAAGACUAGUGUGUUGUCAUCUGGAGAAUAAUAAAGAAUUCUGAUCUCAAGAUACUCAUGCCACGUAGUCAAACAUUUUGCUUAGUUGGCUAACUACUUCGAUGGUGGAUCUUGAGGCAUCUUGUGUGAUGACAACUUGCUCAGUUGGCAAGUGAUGAAGGCAGGAUUUGAUCCCAAGGAUCCAGUAAGAUCUUUACCAGGUAAGCAAAAUUGUUGAAGUUUCAUUUGUGUUUUAUUUAUGUAUAUGCUCCUCUUAUGAGGGCUUUGGAUUAUUGUUUAUGGAUUUUGCAGGCUCACAUUAGAUUAAUAGCCUUUUGUUUCCAGCUA